UUUAUUGCGAAAUUCUUUCUCUCUUCAACCCAAAAUCAAUAUCUUAUUGACAGUCACACUCUCUCUCUCUCUCCUGAGUUAUUUUCUUUUCCGCUUAUUCUUUAUUUUUUGCUCAAAAUUAUGCUUAAAUUAUGCUCAAAUUUUGACAAGAAUACUUUCAUAGCUUUAUCCAAUUUUUAAAAAAUUUUAACAAAAAUUUUGAAUGACAAAAGAUCCUACAGUAUAAUCACAUUAUUUAAUUAAAUUCAUUUUUUUCACCAAUACCCAUAUCCUCCCCACCCAUAUCCACCAUAGCAGCAACAACAUUCAUAAUAGUAGCCAUAACGUUUUGAACGAACACUUUAAUUGGAAAAUAUGAUUGGGAUGGUCGAUCGGUGUGGAAUUUCAAUUUCAAAAUUUUGCUCGGCUGAUUAUGAACUGAGAAACCGCCUAACCCAGCUUGGAGCCGGCCCCCUUACCUCCUAUCCAUUUGCUUUACUAAUCCUUCAUUAUCCGCUGUCAAAUCAGCAAUGGCAACAGAAACGAAUAGAAAGAAAAUCACAAAAAGAGUAAAUUUGUAAGAAAGCAUUUUUGGCAAUAUUUUUGUU